AUGGCAGAGUCGGCCAUGGGGAGCAAGUUUAUGGAGUUUGACGGUGUGACGUUUCCAUCUUUACCGUCUGAAUCCUACAUGACUUCGCUUGACAGCCGGAUCAAAAGGGUGAUCUCAAAUCACAGUUCCGAUGACACAUUGCCAACCCGUCUAUGCCUCAGCUGGGCAUUAGUUCUCGCAAUUUAUACAAGCUCAUCUGAAGUUCUUUAUGGCCUUCUGGAUGACAGUGACGGGAAACACAAGGGGCCAGACUCUAUUGUCCCUUGCCAUCUCACCUUGCAGUCUGGCGAUACAGUGCGGACUGCAUCUGAUAUGGUGAGCCAAUACUGGAGUAUGAAGCGCCAUUUCGAACAACUGGGUCUGAGCAAUAUGCGCACCAGCAGCGCAGAGGCCACUCGCAUAUGCGACUUCCGCAAUAUUCUCUUAAUUCGGCCGCUGAACGGUCUGGACGAAGCAACUGCCACAUUACACAAGACAACUGGUUCUGAUUAUCCAUUUAUCGUGAGCUGCGGAGUAGGAGGCGAAUGUGUGACCGUUCACGCCGUUUUUGACUCCGACGUCGUGUGUCAGGAAAUAGUAGAAUCCAUGAUUCACCAAUUCGCAUUCACUCUCGAUCAAGUCACUAAGAAUCAGGACGCUCGUCUGGCAGACAUCCAAGAAAGCAAUCCGGAGGACCUGAAGAAAAUGGGCGAGUGGAACAGGCUGGGUAGCAUGGAGGAAUCCAUCGAAUGCGUUCAUCAUUUGAUUGAACGAGAAUGUGAAAAACGGCCCUUUUCGCCAGCCAUUUGCGCCUGGGAUGGGGAUCUCUCAUACAGCGAGCUUGACAGCAAAGCGUCCUGCCUUGCUCAAACAUUGUCCGCUGCCAAUGUCCGGCCAAAUAAUGUUGUCUUUAUCUUGUCCGAGAAGUCUAAAUGGACACCUGUCGCCAUACUUGGAUCUUUAAAAACUGGAGGAGCGUUUACACUGCUAGAUCCCUCGCAGCCAGCCCAUCGGCUCGCAACACUGUGCGAUGUGGCUUUGCCCCAAGUGGUCCUCACUUCACGUCGACAUCAUGCUAAGGCUUCUCUCCUUGGUCCCCCAGUCAUGAUCAUACCGGAUGUGGUAGAUGAUGACUCCCGUCAGGCUUCAGGGAAACCAAACCGUUGGACAGAAGUUACAGAUGAGAGCCAUCACGCACUACACGUUGGAUUCACGUCCGGGUCGACCGGGGUACCCAAAGGGGUCUUGAUGAGCCACACGGCCUUUGCCAGCGGUCCCGAAGUUCCUGGACUAGGUCCGGAGUCUCGGGUACUUCAAUCGACAUCCUAUAAUUUCAGCGCCUGCAUGUGGGAGCAUCUAGCGGCAUUGACCCGAGGAGCUUGUUUGUGUAUCCCAUCAGAGCAUCAGCUCGAAAAUAAUAUGGAAGGGCUGGUCCAGAGUAUGGGUGUCACCUGGGCUAUGAUUACACCAUCUGUGGCUCGAGUCAUCGAUCCCAAGAAGGUUCCCAGUAUCAAAACCAUGUUCCUUGUGGGGGAAGCGAUAGGGCGGCUGGAAAUCAGCAAAUGGGCGAAACAAGUUGCUCUCUACUCAAUGUAUGCACAAUCUGAGUGCGGUAGUCCCAUCAUGACAAAACGCAUUGUCGAACCGGGAGACCUAUCCUCGCUCGGCUACCCAGAUUGGGGCGCCGGUUGGAUUGUUGAUGCGACGGACCAUGACCGAUUGAUGCCUCUGGGAGCUGAAGGGGAACUGGUCCUUCAAGGGCCGUGUCUGGCAAGCUCUUACUUGAACAACAUAGAGCAAACGCAGGCAGCACUCAUCACCAAUCCUUUAUGGGGGCAACGAGUGGGGAAUGAUCAAUCCAGUCGAUUUCUGAAAACCGGGGAUCUCUUCUCCCGGAAUCCGGUUGAUGGAUCCUUCCAGUUCAGAGGCCGCAAAGGGAGAAAAGUCAAAAUUCGCGGCCAGAGGAUUGAACUGGCCGAGGUCGAAUAUCAUCUACGCAGUCACUUUCCGGAGGCCUCCCAUGUUGUCGCUGAGAUAGUUCGCCCAAGCGACAGUCAGUCUCAGUACGGCAUGCUAGUAGCCAUUGUCCCCACCGUUUCGCAGAGUGAUGGAAAGUCGGAUUUAUGCGAGCUCCUCCCACCCAGUCAUACGUUCCUACACCUUGCCCAGCGAGCAUUGGACCGGAUGAGCAAGGUGCUGCCUGCGUAUAUGAUACCGAGCUCUUUCAUAUCCGUUUCAAAACUUCCGAGAACACCGUCGGGAAAGCUUCAUCGGAAACUGUUGGCAGAGACGAUCUCUCAGUUACGUCGAAAGGAGAUACUCGCAUAUAUGAAUGCUCCCAGACCUUAUUGCCCUCCUAUCACAAAUGAGGAAGCAGUGCUGCAGUCCAUCUGUGCAACGGUUCUAUCCAUUGCACCCGAACAGAUUGGGAUGGACGAUCAAUUUGUCGGUUUGGGAGGAGAUUCCUUGUUAGCAAGGCAGAUGGUGACCCUUGCAGGAGCAAGGGGGGUAUCCAUCACCGUCGCUGAUUGUCUUCAACAACCUAGCCUGAGCGCACUUGCGAAGUGCGGCAAGGCUUGUCCCUCCCUGCAGAGCCAAACGACCUCAACCAAAGCGGACCUGGAUCAAUUCCACUCUCUACGAAAGAAUUUUGUACGUGAUCUUCCUGAAGGACUGACCACUGAUAUGAUUGAGGACAUUGUUCCAGUCCGGGAGACACAAUUAUUCCUCGUCCAGUAUCAGAUCAUGGAUUACCUACUUGUCCGAAUAUCGGGUCCUCUGGACCCCGUGAGACUACGCCGGGCCUGUGAAGAUCUAGUGAGAGAGCACACCAUACUGAGGACUAUCUUUGUUCCUUUCAGGCAAAAUCAUGUGCAGUUAGUUCUGAGGAGAGUGGAAGUACCCUGGGCUGGUUUCACGGCACCCACCGAUAGCUAUAACUGUGAUAUGUGGGCACAUUCGCUCUGUGCAGAGGAUCGGAAAUCGCCUGUCCCCAAGGGAGGGCCUUUCUUGAAGUUCACACUGCUGCAGGAUGAUCACCUCAAGAAACAUACGCUUAUUAUACGAAUUAGCCAUUCCCAGUUUGAUGGACUCUGCCUGGAAAAGAUCUUGAACGAUCUCGGGAAGUUAUACGAGGGUCAGACCCUCAGUACCCCAACCAGCUACGCGGACUAUGUCAGGAAAUGUGCCGAAAUGCGUACUCCAGAUUCCUUACGAUUCUGGAGUAAUUUGCUAGUUGGGUCGACGCCGACGACCAUUCCUCUCACCCCGUCAAGAGACCACCCUGAGGAGACAUGUAUCGUGGCUGCGCACGACAUCCCCAUCGCCAUUCCACCCCCUUCUGGUAUAACUUGGGCUACGAUAGUCAAGGCAGCUUGGUCAUACGUCCUCCGGCAGGAGACAGGCAAAGACGACUUGAACUUCUGUCAAAUGGUAAAUUGCCGUUAUGUCGAUGUACCCGAGCCAGAGAACAUUGUAGGGCCAUGUCUGAACCCGAUUCCUGUGCGCAUACAAUACGACGCCUCCUGGACGGUCAAGGAUCUUUUACUUGCAGUGCAGAACCAACACAUAGAUUCGUUAGACUACCAGACACUUGAGUGGCAGGAUAUUGUCUCGAACUGUACGGACUGGCCUCGUGAUACAGAGGUUGACUCUAUAGUCUUACACGAGAAUAUUAACCCUAGCCCAGUGACACAGGUCAGAGACACUAUCUGGCGCUUGUCGGCGCAUAGCGUCGAUAAUCCGCCUGAAAGGACGAUUUAUCUCUACACAUAUCCACAGGAGGGCUCCCUGUAUGCGGUUGUGAUUUUAUCGAGCAGGUUGGGGGGGAAACCAGAUGCUGAGAGGCUUGUUAACCGGUUCUCCUCAACAGUGGCAAUAUUCAUCAACAGCCCAAACUCUUUACUGAGCACGUUAUGA